AUGUUUACCGCAACACCACCCUCCGUCAACCGGCGACGGUCAACGGGUCGGAAAUCGCUCGGACUCGGGGAGAAAGAGCAGCUCCCGUUCGUCGCAACCAGGAAUAACUAUUCCUAUGGGUCGCAAUUCAGCAAUAUGCCCAAACCGCCGCAGUUGGCGGAAACAAAAGUUCCCUUGUCUGUUGCGCUGAAACAGCAGCAGGAUGCAUCACAGGCUAGAAUGAGAGCGGAGGAAAUAGAGAGGGAGAGAGCUGCGAGAGAGCCAGGCACUGUGGAGCCAGAGGACUGUAGAAGGUUUGACCCUGACAAGACUGUAGUGGAUAAAGGAUCGCAGAAAGCGACGGAGAUUGCACGAGUGCAGCAAGAAACAAGGUCACUAAGAAAUGGUCAUUGUAGUGCCGCGAGCGAGGAACGAACAGCUCCGACUGCAGUGUCUACUGCCAUGCCGCCGCCGCCACGCAGAAGAAGUCCGAGGCAGCAAUCUGAAAUCUCUGAUCAUUCGUAUUCUAUCGGUUUCGAUACUACUCAGGGAAUGAGUCGCUCCUAUGCCUCCGAAGAUGACGUUGGCCUUGCUCUUGGUCGAAAGUUCACCCAAAAUUUGGCCGACCUCCCGUCAGAUGGGUCCGCAACUGAUGAGGACGACGAACCGGUUGAUCACUGGCUUGCUACACCAGCAAAAGGGAGUACACGACAGAGCGAUGCUGGUUCUGCAGCUGGCUCCAAACGUUCAGGAAAAUUCAGCCAAGAACCUACAUCCAAACACAAAACGCCAAGCGAACAGGGUCUCCCGGAGGAAAUGGAUCAAGAGUACUACGACGAUUACUCUCAGAAUGAUCCAUCAGAGAUUUAUGGGUCGGGUAGUGAGGGCGAGAGCGAUAAGGAGGAGGAGGAGGAGGAGGAGGAGGACGACGACGACGACGAAGAGAGAUAUGCAAGGAAUGAAUACCUGAAUGAGAGAAUGUCGAAACAACUCGAACUUGCAGAACAGUUACUUCCCAUUCUUGUAGAGGGGGUGGUAGCCGCUGGUGCGCCCCUGGAAGACCUGACACUUGGGGUUUAG